ACACUUAAUCAAGAUCUCUCUCUAGCCCUAUAUAUUAAGGUACCAACCUUUCAUAUUGGUGCAGAAUAUAUUCAUCAAUGGAGUCACUUACAAAAGAGCUAAGAUGUAGAAAAUCAGCUCUAAAACCUAUUCAAAUCACCAAGAGGAACAACAUUACAAACCACAAUGGUACUGAUGAUGGUAUAGCAAGCGAUGAGGAAGAGCCAUUGAGCCCAGCAGCACGUUUGUUCCAUGAACCAAAUUUCAAUAUCUACAUCAUAGCCAUUUUGGCCUUCAAGAACCCUAUUGAUGUUCGUGUUGUGUACGAAAAGUUGCCACAAACUUUGCUUAAACAUCCUCGCUUCUCUAGUUUACAGGUUGUAGACGACAAAAAUGGCGGAAUAAUGAAAUGGGUUCCUACAAAUGUGAAUUUAGACAACCACAUCAUCAUUCCUAACAUCCCACAAACCCUAGAAACCCCUGAUAAGUUCCUGGAAGAAUAUCUCUACAAUCUCAGCAAAACCUCCAUAGACUCUUCACAACCCAUGUGGGAUCUCCACCUCCUCAACCUCAAGACCUCAGACGAAACCGAGGCCAUGGGAAUACUCCGCGUCCACCACUCCCUUGGCGACGGCACCUCCCUCAUGUCGUUGCUACUCGCCUGCACUCGACAGACCUCCAAUCCCGACGCAGUUCCCACCGUCCCAACCAAUAAGGCUUCUAAAGCAGGAUGGUUUUCAUCUUACAGCUACCGUGGUGGAGGACCGUGGUGGCAGCGGUGUUUCAUGACAUUUUGCAUGGUUUGGUGGUUGGUUUGGAACACGUUGGUGGAUGUUGGACAUUUUAUGGCGACUGCUUUGUUUUUGGAGGAUACCGAAACGCCGAUAAAAGCUCCGGUGGGAGUUGAGCUUAAUCCGAAGAGGUUCGCUUACCGGACGGUUAGCUUAGACGAUAUGAAGCUCAUCAAGAAUGCCAUGAAUGUGACUAUUAACGACGUCGCAAUAGGAGUGACCCAAGCUGGAUUAUCACAGUACCUCAACCGGAGAUAUGUAGGUGAGGGGCAAAAAGACGAAGGUGCAACUGAGAAGAAAAACAACCUCCCAAAGAAGAAGAUACGAUUGCGGUCAACACUUUUGAUCAACAUAAGACCAUCCUCAGGCAUUCAAGCAUUGGCUGAUAUGAUGGAAAAGAAUACAGAAGCAAAAUGGGGGAAUUGGAUUGGUUUCGUGAUCCUUCCACUCACCGUUGGUAUAAGAGAUGAUCCGCUAGACUAUGUGAGAGAUGCAAAGGCAACCACUGAACGGAAAAAGCACUCGCUUGAGGCCUUAUAUUCCUUUUCGGUAGCCAGCAUGGUUCUUAAACUGUUCCACAUCAAGGCAGCAAACACACCCCUCACUCAUACAACCUUGGGCUUCUCAAAUUUGGUUGGACCUCAAGAAGAAAUUGGGUUUUAUGGUCAUGUCAUUGACUUCAUUGCUCCUAGUUGUUAUGGUCACCCACAUGGUUUGAUGAUAAAUUUCCAAAGUUGUGUGAACAAGAUGACAAUAGUCCUCUCCGUUGAUGAAAAUACCAUCCCGGAUCCUCAGAGACUGUUAGAUGAUUUUGAAGCAUCGCUAAAACUCAUGAAAGAAGCAGUUUAUGCCAAGGCACUUGCUCAGGGUCGAGGAGGGCAUGCCUAAUUAGGGUGCUUUUAAUAUACGAAACCAUUAUUAUUAUGUUCAGAAACAUUUAUGGUUAUGUAUAAGCUAAUGAAUUCAUAUUCAUAUAGUAUUCAUUUGAAACAUCUUUAGGCUUCGUGGUGUUGUACUUAUAGCUUGGUCUGUGUUGUUGGAAUCAGUG